AUGGACCGCCCCGAACGCAUUCCGCCAAAUCUUGGGUCACUCAAUCUCGAUUCUGUUGCAAAGCUUCGAAGAAAGAAGUGGGCACGUCAAAUUCGGAGCAUCGUUCAGCAACUUCACGAUAUUGGAGUAGUAUGGGGCGAUGCAAAGCCGGGAAAUAUCCUCAUCGACAAAAAGGACGAUGCGUGGAUAGUUGACUUUGGAGGGAGCUGGACAGAAGGAUGGGUCGAUCCAGAAUUGGCAGAGAGCAUGAAGGUCGACUUGCAGGCUUUGAAGAGGAUCAUUGAGUUUCUGAAGGUGUAG